AUGGCUCCUACCAAAGGAACCGUUUCCUUCGAUGCAAUUAUUAAACGAGACCGCGAACAGCGCAAGAAUGAAACCCUGGCGAAUCAGAUCCUCGGCUCAGGGCGUAGAAAGAGCGCGCCUGGUCCUGCUGCAUCGAACAAGAACAAGGGCGCUGCCGCUGCCGGAGGAAGCUUAGCCAGCCGCAUGGGUGUCCAGAAGCGCUCUGCCUCCGCCGCUCCGAAGCCGAACAUCAACAACACCCGCUGGGGCCACGACCUGCACCAUGUGAACAAUCCUCGCAUUGCCCGGGCAGCGAAACUGCCCCGCACUCAAUCUGCUUCUCGCAUCGAACGUGGUGCUCAACCGUACCAGGAGGCGUACAACCAGCCGUCGAAUGGCUCUGUCAGCAACACGAAGGGCGCCAGCGGCAUCAGCAUCCGCGGAAUGAGCAAGACCGGUUACACUGUCGUUGCAAGCAACUUUGCCCCAGGCACGACCGCGGCCGACAUUGAGGCUGUCAUGGCUCCGGUCGGAGGAGAUAUGCUCUACUGCAAGCUCACCAGCGCACAUCCAACUGUCAUCGCGGAGAUGCAGUUUGUGGAUAAGAACGGCGCGGACAAUGUCAUUACCAUGUUCAACAACCGCAAGGCGGACGGUAGACUUCUCUACGUCUUCAUGAAGGAGGGUGGCCCAAGUCCGGCGGUGCCAACUCGCCAAAACUACCAACCUCCCAGGCCCGAGCCGGAACGUGAUAUCAUGGAGGUUGAUGAUGAGUCGAACGACCGUAGAGAUGUGCCCAGACGCGCCGAUGUGGACUACCAGGAUGGAAGAUAUGGUUUCCGUGAUACGUCCAACCGUGACGAUUACCGGCGGAAUGACCGCUACGAUGACAGGAGAGACCGCGGAAUGUAUUCCGACGACUUGAUACGCCAGGGUCGUGGCUACCGUCGUUGA